GAAAGUACAUACAUAAUUGUUUUACAAACAUAAUGGAUUUAUAGAUAGAGCUAGUACAUACAAUACCUAAAGCCACUAGUACUCAUAGCGUUUCGAGCUAUACAAAAGUGCUGCACCUCGUUGUGCUGUAUUAUACAUAUAUGACCCCAGGGAGACAUGUGUGUAAAAAAAACGUGCUGGUGUACCUAGAACUGAUUAAAGGAGACCUGAUUUCUACUGUGUGCACCAUCAAGUUCUCCAUUCACCUGAAAUGCAUGUGUUGUUAAGCUGAUAGGUGCAUGAACUUUGAAAAAUAUAUAUAUACAUUGGUAGAUAUAGAUAAAAGUGCAUGAAGUGUCGCUGCACUAAUUUUAAGUGCAGCUAAGUACAUUUACCUGAAAUAAAUGUGAAAUAUACUGUAUCUAGAUUUAAGUGAGUGAUACUAAUGAAUAUAUAUAAUUGAAAUACUGAAAUAUUAAGACCUGAAACAUUGUGGUUUGCAUAUUUCCACUUGUUAGGGAAACAUAAAUUCAUGUGAUAUUCCUACAGUGACCAAUGAAGUACUUGGAAAUAAGUGAUAAGUGAUCUUACCUAACUUGUACUUGUAAGAGUGCCAUAUAUUGACACACCUUAUAUUUAAGGACAUGACCCUAGACUUAAGCACAUGAUCAAGUUAAAUGUACAAACUUACGAUUAUCCAGUCUUAUUGAGCAUUCAAGGCCAUGCCAAGGGUGAUCUAAGUUUUAAACAUUCUGGGAGGGAGUAACAUUGGAUUCAGAUAGUAUCUGGCUCAUCGAGCCUACAAACAUCUAGAAAGUGGGGAUGAAGAGCAGAUGGCAAUCAUGCGAUUUGGCCAGGGGUUGCUGGAUAAGUGCUUAGCGGAAUAUAUUUCCAACGCUAACAUUUCAUCCAUGGAAAAGGGUAUUGAUCGGGCUCAGACCUUUCAGCAUAACUCUGUUGCUAUUCACGGGUCAGCAGGUUCAUCCUCAUAUGGCUCCCAUCAGAGGCCCAGCAGUGCAGAUCAAUGCUGUGAGUAGGACUUCCCGAUACAAACAACCAUCCCGAAGUAGUGUUGCUUCUCGUCUUCGUUCACAGACGCACACAAAAUCUCCAGUUUCAUCACCGGCUGCUAGAAUAUCGGAUCAUUGUAACGGGGUUCCCCGGCAAUCAAAUGCUGGAUCAGGUUCUCCCUCUUACUGGUAUAGAUACAAAACUAGACAAAUUUGCAGGUAUGGAUGCAAAAUUAGACGAAGUGGUCUCGAGAAUCUCAGGGGUUCGUGACAAAUUUUCAUCUUUGAAUAACCCUGCAGAGGGUCGGCAGGUUUCAUCUGUGCAGCCUGAAAGCUCACCACUUGAAGUUCCCUUAAUGCUAGAGUGUAGGACCAGGGAAGUGAGCAUACUUCAGGACCACACACUAGUAGAACAACCUGAUCAAGGGCAGAAGACUGCCCAGACAAAAAUCCAACCUUCAGGGGAGGGGUUAGAAGAAAGUACUCGUUCAGACAUUACUAUUGUAUCGGACUCUGGGGCAGAAGUAGCAGAUACGGACAAGGAGGAUCAGCAGAGUUUGGCUGCGCUAGGUGGGAACACAUUGGGUGAAGUCCUUCAGUGCUCCAGUGCAGGACAGAAGUGGCACUUCAUAACCCUGUCUUUACUGCACAAAUGGGUCAGGAUCAGGAAGUGACUGUUGAACAUCCAACCUUCAGAAAGAUUAUUUAAGAAUCUAGAACAAAGAAAUGAGGGUGUCUCCUCAUCUCACUUUAAGAGAGAAGUUAGAUUACAGAAGCUGCUCAAUGGAAAAUGUAAUUAUAGCAGGAGGAACCACAGGAAGGAGCCAAUUCCUUAUUUGAAGCAGGAAAGAAAAACUAGCAGUAGAUUGUAAACAUGGCAGCAUCGGACCUAGCAUCAGAAAUUGAGCAAAGAGUAAUCCAGCUGUGUGAAGAGUUUAAGCAAGGCAUCACUUACCAGAUUAUUCAAAAUGAUAUGCCCGAACUGAAACUCCCACAGAUUGUUGCAGUCAUCAAUAAACUGUUAGCAAAUAGUCGUAUAGACAUGCUGAAAAAAGAUGACGAUGUGUUAGUAUUCAAGCUUCGAGAUCCGGGUAGCCUACAUCGAAUCAAAGGAGCGGAACCAGAAGAGCAGGUUUUUCUUUAUAUUUAUGGCCAGGUUGUCUACAAGAUCAUAGAAGAAUGUGGAACACAAGGCAUAUGGGCCAGAGAAAUCCGUGCGAGAAGUAAUCUCCACCUCAACACUGUCGAGAAAGUCCUACGGAAACUUGACAGCAAGAAACUUAUCAAAAGUUUUAAUUCAGUUGCGGCACCGAAGAAGAAGACAUAUUUGCUGUACAACUUAGAACCAGACCGCUCACUGACUGGUGGAGCAUGGUACUCUGAUCAGCACUUUGAUUCAGAAUUUGUCGACAUACUAAACCAACAAUGCUGGAGGUUUCUAGAACAGAGGGCAGUACGAGCAAGACAGGUGGCUGGUGGUCCAAUUGCUGUUCGAAAUGCCUCAUACGUUGCUUCCAAAGAAGUUUUGAAACACAUCACCGAGUUAGGCAUCACAAAGGUACAGUUAAGCAUGGAAGACAUUGAAGCCAUCCUAGAGACAUUGGUAUUUGAUGGAAAAGCAGAACGAUCUGUAGCAACUGAGGGAACACAAGGAGUAAAGCUUUAUCGAGCUGUCAUAUCUUUCUUACCCACUCCCGCUCUUAUGACAAUUCCUUGUGGGGUGUGUCCAUUGAUAAAGGAGUGUGAUGACGUGGGCAAUGUGACACCAGUCAAGUGCCGGUACAUGAAGGAGUGGUUAGAAUGGUGACCGAUUAGUAAUAUUCUCUGACUUAAAUGCAGCUUUGUGCAGAUGGGAAUGGUUGUGUUUGAAGCUAAUCUAUUCUGUCCAUUUAUUAUAUGUACUGUAGAUCAAAAUAAACAAUUUGAAUGUUUA